GUAUAUUGGAAAACACAUGUGGAAGUGACCACUUUUCCCCUCACUCGAUAGCUUUUGGCCUUUUACCUCUUUAAUUACUUUCCCCAUCACCCACCCUCUCCUUUUUUCUUCCUUGUUCAAAAAGAAACCAUUUCUCUCUCCCUUCAAAACCUCCAUCCACACCCCAAGUCCCCAACACUCACCACCAACAGUCUCUAAAAUUCUCUGAAACUCAAUUUUCUCUCUCCUCCCAAAAUGUUCAGAAACCAGUACGACACCGACGUAACAACAUGGAGUCCCGCAGGCCGACUCUUCCAAGUAGAGUACGCCAUGGAAGCAGUGAAGCAAGGUUCUGCAGCAAUUGGGCUCCGAUCUAAGACUCAUGUUGUUCUAGCUUGCGUUAACAAGGCUCAAUCUGAACUUUCCUCGCACCAGCGCAAGAUCUUUAAGGUUGAUGACCAUAUUGGCGUCGCCAUUGCUGGGCUUACUGCUGAUGGCCGUGUUUUGUCGAGAUAUAUGAGAUCCGAAUGCAUUAAUUAUGGCUUUACUUAUGAGUCUUCUCUUCCUGUUGGUCGCCUUGUUGUCCAACUCGCUGAUAAGGCUCAGGUUUGCACACAACGUUCCUGGAAGCGGCCUUAUGGUGUUGGUCUGUUGGUAGGUGGUUUGGAUGAAUCUGGAGCUCAUCUUUACUACAACUGUCCAAGUGGAAAUUACUUCGAGUAUCAGGCUUUUGCUAUUGGGUCACGUUCACAGGCUGCAAAGACAUACUUGGAACGCAAAUUUGAUACGUUUGAUGGUGCUACACGGGAUGAGCUGAUUAAACAUGCACUAUUUUCCAUAAAGGAAACAUUACAGGGUGAGAAGCUCACUAGCUCUGUAUGCACAAUUUCUGUUGUAGGAGUCGGGGAACCAUUCCAAACAUUAGAUCAGCAGAUGGUCCAGGACUUGAUUAACUCAUUCGAGACAGUAGAGGAAGAAGCCCCUGCCGCUGAAGAAGCAGAUGCUGCUCCAGAGGAGGCGGCUGCUGCAGUUGCCGACCAAGGUGCAUCAGAUGAGGGUGCUGCUCCUAUGGAAGAAUGAAGAUACUAAAAUCUCUAGGGUUUCCAUGAGCCCUUCUGGCAUUGGACUGAUAAGAGGACUAGUUAGGAUGUUGAAUGUGAUGAUUAUCAGUUAACUAUCUUCUAUCUUUGCUGAAUAUUCUUUUUAUGCAUCUUUUAGCUUCAUUUUAUGAAUGCCAAAUAUCUCGAGUGGUAGCCCCUUCUCCCCUAGUCUUAAACUUGGAAGUAUGAUUUGUGGAAAAGUCACCGCAUUUGCUUGCUGGUUUUAUUUGUC